CCGGUGACUGUAUUGUUAUUGCUAUAUUACAUCCAUUGGUGAAGUAGCUGUAACUCAUUAUUUGCCAACCACAACGUGAAGCAAAGGGACCAGAAGCAGACGGAACCAGGGCUGUGUCCCGGUAGUUGGUUAACGUUUCAAACAGCAUCGUAAUUAACGACGUUGUAAAUGAAACACACAUAAAUGCUAGCAAUGGGGGACACUGCCCGCAAAGCAGACCAAAUAAACCGAAAGGAUGCAUGUCUCACUUUAAAGGAGAUAUGUUUCCUAGCUGUCCGGGAACAUUAUGCUGCUCUGGGCUUUGAGGCUGUUAUUGAUCUACCAACGCCUCUCAUUAAGGGUCUUCUUCUUCAUCUGACUGUAUGCCAACUGGAUGAGCUCCAGCCUGCCCUAAACAAGAGAGGUAUAUCAACUCAUGCCGGAUGGAUCGGAGUCCUACAGGAAAUGCGUGGACUUAACCAUGCGAUAAACUUCCACACAGAAGAAGAGGCCAAACAUGAAGUUAUGAGAAUUAUUUUCACUCUAGUAUUCUACGGCUACACCAGCCAAUUUGUCCAGAAAAACAUCACACAUUUGAACACCCCAUCCUUCCUGUUGGCUGCAGCCAAAUGUAUCAAAUAUUUUUUACUCGAUACUCCAGUUGAAAGUUUAACUUCUGAACGACGGCAUCUUCUGAAGCUCUUAGAGAAGGGUAUCAGGACGGUUUGUGUCUCAAAGUGCAUGGAUCUAUCAGACAGGAAGACAGAUUUGUACGUCCUCCAUCGCCUGCUAGACCACGGGGUUGCUAAGAAAGUUGUUAUAGAUGUGAAAUGUUCCCUCAUGCUGUCCUGGAUUCUACUCAACAGGGGAUCUCAGUUUGUAAGCCCUGAGCUCAGGUCCCUAAUGCAGAGAAAAAUGGCAACAUGUAACUUACAAGCCUAUUCAGCCAUUGCAGACAGGGCCAGUUGCGGUUUAUGCAUCAAGACUGCGGCUUCAGAGGAUCAGGAUAAUCACGUUGUUCCCUGCAAACGUUUGAAGUUGGAUUGUGUCGAGGAGAAAGAAUGUGGAAAAGCCAACCUUGAUGUGGACCUGAAGUUUCUCUGUCAAACCUUCGCUCCGCGUGAAGGGCCCUCAGCAGGGGCCUGUCCGUGGGGACAGAUCGAAAGUCUGGAGAUCAGGAAGUGUGUGUCGGACACCUUCACAGUGCUUAACAAUGCCCUGCCCACAUGUUUCUUCCUGCGCUCUCUAACUCUUCACAGCAUUACUUCAUUCAGAGAUGCGGAUGUGCUGGGCCUGGCCAAAGCCCUGAAGACGCUGACGGAGAGCUGCCGCAGCUCCCUCACGGAGCUCAGCGUCAGCGUGCUGCCCUACGCCGGGCUGCUGGAGUUCCUGCUGGACGCUAACCCCCACCUGACCUCCCUGCACGUGGAGAUCCAGACUGCCAUGUUGGGAUCACGCCUCUUACUGCGUCACCCCGGAGCUGAGGAUCCAGACAUGCCAGAGCUGCCUCUGCAGAAGCUGUCAGUUAAAGUGGCUGAGCUCCAGCUGACAGAUCUGCACUUCAUCACCAAUGUUCUGAGACACUCUCCUCAUCUCACCUCGCUCCACAUCGCGGGGAUGAGGUUACCAACUGGCUCCUCUCAAAGCCUCCUGCUCAGCACUCUCUCAGGCUCCAAUCAGCUCCUGAGGAGUCUCCACCUCGAGGAUGUGAAGCUGUCCGAUUGUCUCCCUGAAAUCCUGAAUCUACUGAGGAACUGCAAGUUGGAAGAGCUCCGCCUGAAUGACUGCCGCCUUCUGGAGAGGUGGAGCGACAAGCAGGAGAGUCUGCAUCAGCUGGUGUGUGCUCUGAGGACGCUGCCCUCUCUGCACACACUCAGCCUGGCUCAGAAUCGCAUCGCUAAGAACGUGUGUGUGCUGGCAGAUCUGUUCUCAGGGCCCUCCCCCAGCCCACUGAAGAGACUCAACAUCAGCUCCAACUUCAUCCUUCCUGCCGAGCUGCUGGAGUUCUCUAGGAGACUGAGGAAACACCCCCCACCCCAGAGACUGACCCUGGACCUCAGGAAGAACCCAGGGGACAGAGACCCCGACACCUGGAGCUCUGCUCUGCACAGGCUGCAGCCCUUCUGUGUUUCACUGGUGGAGGGAUGGAGUUCCUCCAACACCAUGGCUGACUACAUCAGCAACAUGUGAACUAAGGCCAGUUGGAGGGAAGGGGUCUGAACAUUUAGCUCUUCAUGUUUUGUCUCUUUGACAGAAGAAUGACUCAGCAGUUUGGUUCAGUUGAGAAACUAAUGACAUUUUUUAACUGUUUUCUUUAAUUUAUCAAACCACACCUACAUCUUGGAUAACUUGGGCAGUGUCCAUUUGAUUCAAAUAAAAGUCAUAUUUUCACCACGUCUAAAA